AUGACUGUUGUGAGUGGUGAUUCUCAUGGCCGCAUCACGUUUUGGGAUAGCAAAUUUGGAACUGAAUUACAGUGCAUCUGGACUCAUAAAGCAGAUGUUCUUUGUUUGGCUGUUAACAGGGAUGAAAACCUUGUCGUCGGCAGUGGUGUGGAUGCCUCGAUUGUAUAUAUUACAAACAUGAAUUCAGAUUCUGCACCCCACCACAAACGGGCCAAAGGCAAACAUGGAGGAAUUGUCUCGGGAAAAUCACAUGACAUGUGGACAAGGUCAAGUGUUCUGCAUUUCCACUUCCAUGAUAUCCGAGACGCUUUAUUUGUUGGGAAUCAGCUGGUUCUUGGAAGUAUGGAUACGAACCUUACAGUUGUGACGUCCCCAACAAGGUUUAUGAAAAUUAGUGGACUGCCACAUAAACAACUUGUACACACGGCCAAGGAUGCAAAUGUUCUGCUCUUACAAUACCCAACUUACCUUGAAGUGUGGAAAUUGGGACAUAGUUCUGUAGAAAGAGUUGGAACUGAGAAAGAAAUCCUUCCUCUGGAUUCUCAUCCUGUCAAACAGAUUCAAAUUGCAAGCAAAAACAACAAAGCCAUUGUUUGUUCAACGAUUUCCAACAAUGCUAAACUGUUGGCAUAUUCCACUGUGGACCAGUCACGGAUAUAUUGCAUUAAACUGCCUGCAGAUCAGAGUAAAUCGGAAAAACCAUCAGUCGAGCGGUUAGCAGAUUUCUCAAAUGAGCUCCCUCCUGCUCAUCAAAUGAUCUUCACCCCUGACGGCACUAAAUUCAUUCUAGCCACAGAUGUUGGCACAUUGCAGAUUCACAAUUUCAAGCAAAAUGAAGUGACAUGUAUUAAUCCGGCUAAAGGAAUUACAGAUUCUAUCCAUUUACUCGAAGUCAGUUCUGACGGUCAAUAUGUGGCAACUGGUAAUGGGAGCGGAGAAGUUCAUGUUUUUGCUACAAUGUCAGGGGAGCAUGUGACAACGGUGCCAGUACGUAAAUAUCUACCCACAGCAAUAAGCUUUCAUCCAAAUAAACCAGUGUUAUUCCUUGCUUACAGUGAUCUGGAGCCCUUCCCAGAUCGAAGUAUCAAAUACAAGAGAUUUGGAGUUCAGGGGCCACAGAGCGAGUUACAUGCCUUUCAUAUCACUGGAAAAUUCAAGUUCAUUCUUGGACUGAAGGCACUGAGUGAUGGACAGCUUGUUCUUGUAGAAAGGACACCAAAAGCAAUAAAGGAUGAUUUACCACCCGUAUUGAAGAUGAAAAAAUUUGGGUCAUCUUAA